CUAAGUUAAUUUUGGUAUCUUUUACAAGUGAUAAUCGGUACAUGAAUAACAAUGAAAUGUUUUGGUGUUCAAGUGUCAUUUUUAAUAUUAAUCGUUUUAACAAUAUCAGAACAAAUUAAUGCGCUAGUUCCACAAGUUACUAUACCCAGUGGUACAGUUCGUGGAUACUACGAUGCAGCUGCGAAUGGGAAAAGAUUUGCUGCAUUCGAAGGAAUUCCAUAUGCAAGGCCACCGUUAGGAAAAUAUCGUUUUCGCGAACCUCAACCGUUAAAACCAUGGAAAGGAGUUUGGAUUGCAAAUUCAACGGUGAAAUGUAUACAAUAUGAUCACUUUUUGACUCAUACCGAUAAUCCUGUUUAUGGCGAAGAAGAUUGUCUUUAUGUCAACGUUUAUAGUCCACAAGUCAGCCAAACAGCCUUAUUGGACGUUAUUGUGUUUAUCCAUGGGGGUGCUUUCAUGUUUGGCACAGGAUACACAAAUCAGCCUCAUUAUUUAUUAGAAAACGAUGUUGUUUUUGUAACUCUCAACUAUCGACUGGGUCCAUUAGGAUUUUUAAGCACAGAAGAUGAUGUAGUACCCGGAAAUAAUGGUCUAAAAGAUCAAAAUGCUGCCUUAAAAUGGGUUAGAGAUAAUAUUCAAUAUUUUGGUGGUAAUCCAGAAUCUGUCACAAUAAUUGGACAUUCUGCAGGGGGUGCAAGUGUCUCCUAUCAUUAUUUAUCGCCAAUGUCUGCUGGUUUGUUCCAUCGAGGAUAUGCUGUAAGUGGAAUUGCUGUUGUUCCAUGGGCUCAAACUGAAGGUAAUUUAGAAAAAGCUAAAAAAUUAGCGGCAAGUGUUGGCUGUGAUCAAAUAUCUAAUCGAGAUAUGGUUGACUGUAUGCGUUAUCGACCAGCUUACCAAAUAGUCAGCAAUAUCAAAUUAUUCUUCCAUUAUUUGUACAAUCCAUUCUCACCAUUUGGACCAGUCGUUGAAAAAGGUGGUUUAAAUCCCUUCCUAUCUGAGGCACCAUAUGAUUUACUUCGACAGGGCAAAGUUCAUGAUGCUCCAUUGAUUGUAUCAGCCACUCAAGCUGAAGGAUUAUAUCCAGGUGGAGAAUUUAUGGCAAAUCCUUCAUAUUUACCAGAAAUUGAGCAGAGAUGGGAAGAAUUAGCCCCACAUUUAUUUGAUUAUAAUUAUACAGUUCCAAAAGCUGAGCAUGCAAGUGUUGCUCAAAAGAUUAAAUCGUACUACUUGAAAAAUCAACCAGUCUCCAGAACAACAUUCAAUGAAUUGAUUCAAGCUAUUGGCGAUCGAUUAUUUGUAGUAGACCUUGAAUUGGGUGCAAAAUUAUUUGCUAAAGCGAUGACUUCUCCUGUAUAUUUUAUGUAUUUCUCGUAUCGCGGAGAACUUAGUAAAUCGAGAAUAUUGAGUCGACAUGUAGAAGAUUUUGGUGUUUGCCAUGGCGAUGACUUAAUUUAUGUAUUCAAAUACUGGUGGACUCCUGAAUUGACAUCAGAAAAUGAUAAGCUAGCAAAAUCGAUUCAAAUUAAUAGUUUGAUAACUUUUGCAAAAACUGGUGUCCCUACUUUUGGAAAUAUUCAACCUACACCUGUAUCCAAAACUAAAGGACCCUUAGAUUAUUUACAUUUUGAAUCUCCAACGCAAAUUUCUGUAAAAACUGCUGAUUCUCUUUCGCAUAAACAAUUUUGGAAUGCUUUACCAUUUGAUGAAAAUAAAAUUACAAUCCAGGUCAAAGAAGAAUUGUAAGGUUCUUGAGAAAUGUUUUUAGGGUUAAUCGAAGUUUAUUUUGUUUGUACUUAAUAUAAAAAAAAAAAGAUUUUUACUAAA